UGAAAACAGAGAGAAGGGCGGAGGGAGGAGACGUCUCUUCUGCUUAGUGUGAUUUUGAAACCGGCGUUGGACUUCAUUGAUCCCGAAUAGCGGAGUGGCAGAUUUCUUCUAUAUCUGACUCGGCUUGUUUCAUGGCGUUCCAGAAGAAGCUACAGGGGCUGGUUGCUGCCACCAUUACCCCAAUGACUGAAGAUGGAAACAUCAAUCUCUCUCUGAUCAAACAGUAUGUGGAUUACCUAAUAAAUCAGCAAGGUGUCAAGAAUGUAUUUGUGAAUGGAACAACAGGAGAAGGUCUAUCCCUAAGCAUUCAGGAGAGAAAACAGCUGGCAGAGGAAUGGGUGACUCAAGGCAAGAAUAAGCUGGAUCAUGUAAUAAUUCAUGUUGGAUCACUGAGCUUGCCUGAAUCCAAGGAUCUGGCCAAGCAUGCAGCCCAGAUAGGAGCGGAUGGCAUAUCUGUCAUUUCCCCCUUUUUCUUCAAACAGAUGAAUAAAGAUGAAUUGGUUGCCUUCUUCCGGGAUGUUGCAUCUGAAGCUCCUAAUAUCCCAUUCUAUUAUUAUCACAUUCCUCCUAUCACUGGCAUUAAAUUUCGUGCUGAAGAAUUACUAGAUAGUAUGAAAGAGCAGAUUCCCACCUUUAAGGGGGUGAAGUUCAGUGACAGAGACCUCCUGGAUCUGAGGCAAUGCGUGCAAAAAAGUGAACAAGACCAUUUUGUGUUUAUGUAUGGUGUGGAUGAGCAACUCCUGAGUGCACUGGUGAUAGGAGCAAGUGGGGCAGUUGGAAGUACAUAUAACUACCUGGGCUGGAUACAUAACUUAAUAUUGGAAGCUUUUGCCUCUGGAGAUUUGUGUACAGCACAAAAAUAUGAGUUCUGUAUUCAGGAGUUCUUUGGCUUUCUCAUUUCACUAGGCUUUGGUGUUCCACAAAUCAAAGCGGUCAUGACAUUAUUUUCCGGGAUCCCGAUGGGCCCACCGCGACUUCCACUUUCACCUGUCUCUGAUGACUACAUUGUUAAAGUAAAAACCAAACUGGAAAGCCUGAAUAACUGUCUCUCUGGUCCAGUCUUAAAAAAAUAGUCCCUAUAAUUUGAUAAACAGGUAACUUGAAAUGUAGGAUUUGAAAUACUUGCGGAUUGCACCAUUUUCAUGAGGUUUCAGGAAUUUGGCCUGGACUACUUCCUAUACAGAAUGAUCUGGCCUUGUUUGUGUGGAAGAUGAUACCUGCUUAUAGUCUGCCAAUACUGAAGUUUUACAGGGGAAAGAAACUAACUUUGAAACAGGAGGAUUUUGUUUCCAACAAAUAAAGAAGUCUUAUCUCCUGAAGUCUUAUCUACAACAUUAGAGAGCGUAGCACAAUUUAAGCAACUGAUUUAUUUCUUAUUAUUUUCAUAUCUGGAUGAACAAUAAUGUAGUGCUCAAAGCUCUGCAUUUAUAGAACCCAAACUCUGGAAGUCUUUUAUGUUUACUCUUGAAAUUUACAUAGUUGAAAACUUUUAAUAGGAACAUUCCAAUUGGAAUAAUGAAUUGUAAUUAACAAAUGUUUUCUAGCUUUAAAAAAAACAAGUGCCAUUUUUUAAAAUAAUGAAAGAGUAAUAAAAAAAGGAAUAAAGCUAAUUAUACACUCCUUGCCUAGAAGGCUAAACAAAAAAGUAUUAUUUUUUAAAAAAAAUAACCUGGGAUUUCAUCUCAACUUAUCUAGGAUACACGCAUUCACCUUUACAAAGAAGUAAAUCAUGAAAUGGAACUUAUUCUCAGCAUGAUGUUUUUGAGCCUUAUGUUUUUGUUUACAACCAAGUUUUCAACCAUAGGCAGCCUAUGAGAUAAGUAUUAGCCUCAAAGUAUAUUAUAAUAUUGCAGGAAAAGGGGAGGAUUGUUAUACUAACCUUGGAUGACACUGUUUUGAUGUGAAAAUGAGUAAAGCUGGCAUUUCCUUGAUCAAAUUGAAAUUCUAACUAUUAGAAUUACUAGUUUACUGGGCUCAGGAAUGAUAAAGGAGACAUCAUGAAAAGAAAUUCCUUUCCAUCUGAUAAUAUCCUGAGUGUGUUAAACUAACCCACCUCCAAGCUAUCAAAUCUAUCCUGAUUAUGGGAGUUGUAGUUCAAAUAAAUGGAUGAAACAGUAGCAGAUACAAUCAUUUUGUCACCAAACAGCUAUCUAGAAACAGUGUAGAGUUCUUCUUUAAAAGAACUUCAAGAGGCAGUAAGAUCUUGAAUUUAAAACAACACUCAAUUAAGCUAACUUGUUAUAUUUUUUAACCCAUGCUGCUAUUGGCAGAUUUUCCCUUUUGCUGAUCAAAUAGGAAAAAUGAAAGCUCUUUACAAAUAAUGAUUAUGUGUCAAAUACAUCCUGACCAUUGUAUAUUUAGCAUGCAGGUAUUCCUUGGAUUAUGAUAGUAAUUGGGAUUAAGAUUUUACACCCCUGAAAAUGUAUCUUAAAAUGUGUUGAACAUCUUGCCUGUUGCAUUAGAAGAUGGGCAAGAUAUUCUUCAUGGGAAAUUGUUCAGCCCUGUAUUUCUUAAUGAAGACUGUCUAUUAAAAUACUAUUAUAAUCCAUUAGUUUUUGGUCUUAUAGAAAACCAGGAACUUCAAAAUCCAAUCUUUCUUUCUUUAUAUCUUAAUUAUAAUGUGCUUCCAGGUAGGGCUUUAAUGAAUAAUCGCCCACCCAUCGUUUACACUUGCUUUUUUCCCCUUCUAUAACUACCAUUAAUUGUCUUGCUCGCAACAUUCCAUUAGUGAGAAAAACACACAAGAGCUUUAUCAUGCCUUUUGAUAGUUACAAAUGGGAGUCCUCUGCCUAGGAAUACUAUUACUGCCUGAGACAUACACUUGAGUUGGUUGAGUAGGUGCACUUUCAAAGCUAAUAUCAAAUGUAUUUCUGAUUCUGUUAAUAAAUAUGGAAGGUCGGCAGAACAGGAAAACAAAGGAGAAACCACUAAUUGUUGUAACUGGUUGCCUGCUGAUGACAUUUCUAACUACUGAUAAUUGUUUGCUAAAUGCUAUUGGUUGAGUAAAGAUUGUUUCCCAAGU